AUGUCCACGAGAUACAGUCGACUCCUUUCGAACUUUACUAGGUUCCGCAAAUUUUCCACAAAUUUUGCGAAGAUUCCUCUAACUGAAUCCCUUCCUAAUUUCGAUACUAAUUCUGUCUCUUCGUUGCUAUCCCGCAAAUCUUCUGCUCACAUUACUAAGCUAUCGAAUGGCUUGACUGUUGCAUCUCAAGAUAAUCUCGGAAUACAGUGCACUUUAGGAGUUGUUGUAAAAGCCGGGCCUCGUUAUGAAAGUGGAACAAUCAGUGGGGUUUCGCAUUAUCUUGAAAAACUCGGAUUCCAUUCUACCGAUCGUUUUAAGGAUCGAGAUGCUAUUCAAUCAAAAAUGGAGUCCUGUAGCGCAAUAUUUGAUUGCCAAAUUUCGAGAGAUUUCAUUGCUUAUGCCAUCUCAGGGAUAAAUUCUCAUCUUAGCGAUCUUGUGAAUGUUCUUUCUGAAACUGUUCUUCGUCCGAAGUUGAGCGGAGAAGAGAUUGAUAUGGCUGCCAGAGUGGUUGGUUUUCAAUUGGCCACUCUCGAUAUGGCUCCUCCCACUGAACCGAUAUUGAACGAUCUUGUACAUUCUUGUGCUUAUCAUGGUUCUAACACCCUGGGAUUUCCACGAUACUGCCCUCCAGAAUCAAUAGGAAAAAUCACUCGCCAAGACCUCAUAAAAUUCAUGGCUUCCUACUAUAGGCCUGAACGAAUGGUUAUCGUUGGAGUAGGUGUAGAUCACGCCGAGCUGCUGAAAAGUGUCGAAGCCUCUUUUCUGCCUUGGGAGACUACCUAUGGGAAGGAAGUGCCGGAAAGCGAACUUCUGAAACUUGAUGAUUCGACCCCAAUUUAUUACGGAGGCGAAAUUACUUUGGCUAGAGACCUCUCGCAGUACCACGCACCGAUGCCGGAGUUCGCCCAUUGUGUGAUCGGUUUGGAGGGUUGUGGCUCGCAGCACCCCGACUUUGUGGCCUCCUGCCUUCUCAAUUCCCUUUUGGGCGGUGGUGGCUCAUUCUCCGCUGGCGGACCCGGGAAAGGCAUGUACUCCAGGCUAUACACCAAUGUCCUCAAUCAAUAUCACUGGGUGAACUCUGCUCAAGCGACCAAUCACGUGUACGCAGACGCAGGUAUCUUCACUGUGACCGGUAGUGCAGAGCCAUCAAAUUUGCAUCAGUUGAUACGAGUUUUGGUGAACGAACUACGCUACACUGCUGAAGCACCCAUUUCUGAGGAAGAACUUCAGAGAGCCAAAAAUCAGCUGGAGUCUAUGUUACUAAUGAAUCUUGAGAUGCGCCCAGUGGCCUUUGAGGACAUGGCUCGGCAAAUUCUUGCUUCUGGUGAAUGGAAAGACCCCGAAUACUGGGUCGAACGAGUUAACGCCGUAACAGCCGACGACCUCCAGCAACUCCUGUCUAGAAUGCUGCAAUCUCCACUCACUCUGGCUGGAUUUGGACGCAUGUCAAAUUGGCCAAAAUUCGCUGAAAUUCAAGCGGAAAUCGCUGCUCCACUCUCUAAACGCCAAGGUUUUAGAAAAUCCCUUUUCAGGCGAUUUAUGUGA